AUGACUUCGCCCAUGGCAACAGCCCCUGAACCGGCGUUACCCGUGUCAAUGAAGUCAAAGCAAAACGCUCCCGAACUUUUCUCUGGUGAGAAAGGCACCGGGUCGGAUGACAGCCCGGUUGAGACUGACUCACCCGAAGAAGCUGAGUUCAAAGAAGGGGGUUAUGGUUGGGUGGUUGUCUUCUCCGUCCUCCUCGUUAAUGCCCACACUUGGGGUUUGAACUCGUCAUAUGCCGUCUUUCUGGCAUAUUACUUACGGUCUGGCACCAUUGAUGGUGCAUCCCCGUUGGGCUUCGCCUUUGUAGGCGGUUUGUCCAUCUCGAUAUGGUUCUGCUUCACAUCCACCGUUGGCGUCGUUCCGCAAUGGUUCACCAAACGGCGCUCCUUUGCCAACUCCGUAGCCACCUGCGGCUCCGGCUUUGGUGGGCUCACAUACGCCCUCGGCACGAAUGCCAUGAUCUCCAACCUUGGCCUCGCCUGGGCAUUCCGGAUCCUAGCCAUCUUGGCCUUUGUGGUGAACGGCGCAUGCAGCUUGAUCCUGCGUGAUAGGAAUAAGGCGGUUGGUGCCGUUCACAUACCCUUCCACAAGGACCUCUUCAAGCGUCUGGAGUUCUGGCUGUUUGUCGGCUGGGGCUUCUUCAGUCUCCUGGGCUAUGUCAUCGUUGUCUUCUCCAUUACCGACUAUGCCCAGUCGGUUGGCUUUACCGCAAGCCAGGGAUCGCUUGCAGCUUCUAUCUUCAACUUGUCCCAAGGCAUCGGAAGGCCUCUCAUUGGCUUGGUCAGCGACAGGUUCGGGAGAAUUAAUGUCGCCGGUGUUGGGACCCUAAUCGCCGGCCUCGCCGCCUUUUUUCUAUGGAUCUUUGCUGGGAGCCACUUCGCCGGGCUCAUUGUAUACGUUCUCUUCGGAAUGUUUGCGGGAAUCAUAUGGCCUUGUGUUGCUCCCGUCGGAGCUGAGGUUGUUGGUUUGCAACUGUUGCCUUCUGUAUGGCUCUUAAGAGGCUGGAAAUUACAGCAGUUAGAACUGUUGGGGCCGGACGAGAAGCAGCAAGCGAAUACCAACCUACCCGACAACGGUAACCAGGAGCAGAGAGAGCCACGGCACUCUGGGUUACGUGCGUAUGUGAACGGCAUGACCGUCAUCAAGAAGGUUUAA